UUGUCUGAUCGGAAGUUAAAAGGAAAACAGUUUGAAGAGAACGUAAAUGAUGAACCUGAGCAGAAAAGAUGGAAAACAAAAACUUCGUCUGUUAUUAAUGUCACCUCGAUUGUGCCCGCAAUUAAUGUCCCCGGACCUAGUAAAUUCCCUGUAGUAGCUAUGACAUUAGAUAGAUACGGCAUUUCAGACCGUGCUGGUGCUGCCAUCGUGUCGGCUAAGUUGCAAGAUAUCAGUCUGGUUACUGAGAGUGACACGUCAAGUGUUAUCGAUCGUAGCAAAAUUCGGCGCGCUCGCGCACAAACGAGAAGUUCAGGGGCUGCAGUUAACGUACUAGUGGGCGAUGAUUCAUUAGUUUGUAUAUCGUUUGAUGGCCGCAAAGAUAAAACAAUGUUAUAUGAAGAUAAUCGCAGAACAACUGUUGUUGAAGAUCACACAACCAUGGUAAAAGAGCCGAACUCGCAAUACAUCGGGAAUAUUACACCGGCCACAGCAGAUGCACUCACAAUUUCAAAAAAAAACUUUACCUUUAUUUAG